AUGUGGAAGAAACUCUUCGGUGACAAAGAAUUUGAAUCGGGGCUGUCAAAGCUUAUAAGCGAAACGGGAGCUUCUAGACAACAAGCUGAGAAAGUUCUUCGAGAAUGCAACGGCAAUUUGGCUCUAGCAAAGGAGAAACUUCAACCGAAACCUUCGUCAGUUGAAAGUGGACCUUCCACCGACAUGUCCAAGAAAGAACUUCCCUCUACGUCUGGCUACACUGAUGCUCCACCGCCAUAUUGUGAAGCGAUGGAAGGAGCAAUGUCUUUGCCUACAACUCUUCCACCUCCCUAUGUGAGCCAGGAUAAGGAAGCUCUUUUGGGUGAAUUAAACGCUGUCUUUCCGAGUGACACUGAAGAGAGAUGUUGUACGUGUUUCGAUCGAAUUCAACCAGACAAAAGUGAGGGCUUCAGCGGAGAAAUGGUCUGGUUGGGAUUAAAGGUAAAUAUACAGAAUUAAUACAUGAGAUAAUCACUUCUUAAUGAUAUAAGAAAACUAAGUUCAAAUCAAAUAUUUUUGCAUUCGAUGCCUUUCACUAAUAUAAGUCGCUUAAGUAGGGAAUCUCCUCGCAACUGAACAGGGUAAAUUGUGAUCAGAUUCCACUCUAAACAAACUCGUUGGUGGCAUUUCAUUGAUGUUGAGAGAAGCUCGGGAUUUCUUUAUCAGACCGUGAUAGUUUUUUAUGUGAUGGCUAGUUUUUUAUGAACAGAGAUAAAUAGUUGUCACUAGUUUGUUAGAUGAAAUGAAUGUAUUAUAUUGACUAUCAUGCACUGGAUAUGGUGUAAGGCUAUCAUUCAGACUUGACUGAAUUUUUGUAGCUUUAAACUUCAAUGUCGAACAUGUGGUAGUGUCAAGAAUUUUGAUUAAGUGCUUUUAAUACAAUUGGCUUGAAAUGAAAAUUAAGAGUUAUUUGAGCAUGUUGGUGUCAUAAGGCUAAAUACAGUGUACUUUAAAACUGUGAAAGGUUUGAACCCAGUCAUUUCAUAAGUAAAUUGAGCAUGAUCGUCCAGAUAAAUGUAACCCCUGUUGUUGACAAUGACUGACAGGUUGUCAAAACAUCAGUCACUGUCGACAACAGUCCUAUUCAGGACUAUGUUCACCCACACGAUCAUACUCAACUUACUUAUGACAGUGUACUUUGUUGGGGAAAGUUACUGAAGUAUGUUUGAUUUUAUAUUACUUCUAUUGUAAGGGACCUUAUACAUGUGAAGAUCACUUAGCAAGAUGGUAAUGUAAAAAAAAAUGGAAAUUAAUGUGAAUCCUAUUUUAUAGUAGAAGCGAGCUUAGGUGCUCUUAGUCUAGGCCAUGACUUUGAAUGCAGACACUCAGUUUUUUCAUUUACUCUUCCUCCCUUCUCCCAUAUCACACGAAAGUUGCAUCAUUUUUAUUCCUUCAUCAAGUUGAAAAUUCACUUCCUAAGAUCCUUUAAAGACAAAGAUUGUGGGGUUGCUGGGUAGGGGAGUCGGGAGUGCAACUGGUAUAGGACCUGUGAGACCCAUUUGUUCCCAUCCCUACUGGGUAGGUGUUUGUCCACCAAAGCUGGUAAAACAAAGGCAUUUCUAAUCCUAGCAGUGCUGUAUAACUUUGGAAAUGACCUACCUCAACAGUGGGUAGAGCUCCUCACCAGCAUAUGAUGCAGUAGGUUCCAAUCUUGACAAGGACUGAGGUUUUCCCUUUCUCCCAAGCUCAAAAUAUGAUAAAUCGCAGGGGAUACUCUGGAUUGACAGUGACAGGAAUGAUCAAGUGGGGAGAAAAAUCAAACCCUAAAAACUCCCUGGGGCUGAAUCCUCAACUAAAAAAAUUAACUGACUGGAACCAAACAAGAAGCACCCCUUUUUGAACUUAAUUAUUAAUUUUAACUUGCCAUUUGGGUUUCACUGACCCCCAAAGUCCCAACUUUAUAGUCCUUCUAGAAUUUGGUAUUUGAUCUGUCACUCAUCAUGUCUGAGGGCAGGUGGGAUUUCAUUGGACGUGGGCAAAUUUUGGCCAGACAUCAUCUGAUGACCUGCUGCCGAGUGACAAAUAAUAAUUAUUUGUCACCCAGCUGCAGCAGAAAUUAGAAUGAUUCUAAUUUUGUUAAUAUUUUUAUUUUUCUUAAGGCAUACCAUUCUGAAUGUUACCUGAAGAGCAAAGGGCCAAAAUGUGAACACUGCUGUUUUGCACUGAUUGCAUUCCCCGAUAAAGGUUUGUCUGGAAGGUGGGGUGUCUAUAAUGGAUGCAAGUAUCACGAGGAAUGCUACAUGCAGUAUGCAGGACCACGAUGUAGUGCUUGCUUCGAUGUGAUAAGCUUCAACCCUGAAAAUGGUUACUCUGGAAAAUGGAUUUAUGAUGGAAAUAAACAGUAUCACGAAGAAUGCUACAAGAAGAAAAUUUUUGUUGAAAUGAGGGCCAAACAUUCAUAG